UGAUUGUGUUUUAGAAUCUCUCCACUGAGAAUUUCGCAUUUCGUGCUUUUUGUUAUUGUUGUAAACUGCCUUCAAAACGUAAGCGUGUAGAAAUGAAUGCACUGGUUCGCGUUUUCCUAUUUCUGAACCUUCUCUGCCUAGAACAGAUUAUCGUAACUGGUCAAGAUGUAUACGACAACGAGUUCGAAUCGUCUAGUGGUUUUUCUGGGUACAGCGGGGAGGGAAGCGGUGAUGCUAAAGAAGAUGACUUUUUUACCAGCGGUGACAGUUGUUCUGGUAGCGGGGAAGACGAAGAAAUAUAUUCUGGUGACGUCAUGUCCGGUGAAAACGACACAUUCAACGAAAGUUUUGACGCCAAGACAAAAAACUUCCCCGGAUUCGAUAAGGGUAUUUCUUCAAAUGCCAUGAACGUAUUGCAAGGUCUAAUGAACGGCGGGGGUUUCGCUGAAGAAGCGGAAACAGACUUUGAGCUUUUGGGUGCCUUCGAAGAUGGCUCAGGUGCCAAUGGGCUUUGUAUGAAUGGUGAUAUUUGUUUCAAUGGUGGAACGUGUGAGACAUUAUUAGAGGAAUCCAGGUGUCUUUGCGCUGUCGGGUACACUGGACAUGACUGUUCCUCUUUAUUUGGCGACUCCGCUGCUUGCCUCGAUUGCCAGGAUUUUAGUGGCGAUUCGUUAAAAAAGCGAAGGUCCCUGGAAAACUACCAUGUCGUGCAAGUGGAGUGGAGACAUAAUGGAAACUUCACUGGUACAGAAAUCCUGGCAGAACAACUUAUUUCAGGGAUGCUGGACGAAAAACGUCAUCACAAUAUCGCUCUAGCUACUUUGGGUGGGUUCAUUUUACUGCUUGCGGCUUUAUUCGUUGGCUAUUUUCUUGCACGGUUUGGUACAAGGGGAAAUCGACGUGAAGAAACACAAGAUACGCACAACGUGUGACGUACAGCUGUAGUAUGCGUUGUAGUAUUGUAAUCUCGCAAAAGCACUUUCAAUAAAUUGUUAUUGAUAUUUUGUACCGCAAUUCGACAAGCUGUGUAUCUUCUUUGUUUCAUUUCUUUGCGUUUUUGUUACUUUCAAUUGCGUUAACGUUCCAAUAAAGUAUUGGCACCCGUA